AUGACAAAAGUAACAUUAGCAACUUUAGUUGGAUUUUAUCCAUUAGCAUUAGCAUCAAUUGUUACACUUGGAUCAAUGAUUGAUCCAUCAAUUGGUAUUGCACUUGCUUCACUUCUUUCUUUUAAAACAUCGAUACCAAUUGCUUGUAUUCUCGCACCUCUUGUUGGUCUUUAUGCCAAAAACUAUCCAAAAAUUUAUCUACAACGAGUCAGUCAACAACAAUGGCAAAAUUAUACAUCGAAUGCUCCACAAUUUACGUAUGAUUUUACAACACCUUUUCAACAACAAUAUCGAUCAUAUCAACAACAACAACAACAACAACAGUAUCAAUCAUAUGGACAACAACAACAACAAUCCAGACAACAACAACAACGUACAAAAGAAUCAAGUACAAAAACAAAAGAAGAAGUACCAUUAGAUUUGUACAAUCUAUUAGCUAUUAAUCGAAAUGCAACUGACAAAGAAAUCAAACGUGCGUAUUUAUUAAAAGCAAAAGAAUUUCAUCCUGAUCGAAAUCCUGGUGAUAAAAAGGCAGAAGAAAUGUUCAAAAAAGUGAAUCAAGCUUAUGCAAUUUUAUCAGAUAAAUUCAAACGAGAACAAUAUGAUAAAUAUGGAUAUGAAAGUGUGAAAUAUAAUUGA